AUGUGGAAUUAUGAGAGGGAGAUGAGGACUGAGAUGCUAUCCAAGGGUAACGAAGGGAAAGAGAUCAGAGGAAGAAUCUGGAAUGUAAAUGGCAUUGGCUGGACAAGUAAUGACAGUGAAAAGUGGAUGAGAGUGAAAAAUGUGGACAGCAAUGAAAGUUGGGACAAACUGAGAAAGCCUGGAGAUGAGAAAGCUAGGAUGAGAAAUAGAAUGAGCUGCUAUAGGAACAAGGACUGUAGCGAAGCAGACUAUUCAGAGAAUCAUGAUUUAGCUGUUCAGAACUUGGAGAGUUGCCGCUUUGCUCCGCGUUCUGCCGGCGAGGUCUGGGCGGUGCCUCACCCCCUCUCUGUUGCAGGUGCCGACCUGGAGGCCUCGCUGCUGAGUUUCGAGAAGCUGGACCGCGCCUCCCCGGAUCUGUGGCCCGAGCAGUUGCCCGGGGUUGCCGAGUUCGCUGCCUCCUUCAAAAGCCCUAUUACAAGUUCUCCUCCCAAGUGGAUGGCUGAAUUAGAAAAUGAUGAUAUUGAUAUGUUAAAGGAGUUGGGGAGCCUCACUACAGCUAACUUGAUGGAAAAAGUUCGUGGCCUGCAGAACCUGGCUUACCAGCUGGGACUGGAUGAAUCUAGAGAAAUGACUCGAGGGAAAUUCUUGAACAUCCUAGAGAAACCGAAAAAGUAGCUGCUACACCUGGAGUUCGGACAGAAAUACCCCAACUAGAUGAUUUUACGUACUGCAGAUCCAGAUGAACCCCAGAACUUAUAAGAAGUACAAAGCUCUUGCUCUAGACCUUCAGAAGCAAACAUCUCUUUUUGCUUCCACAGCUUGUCUCUUCACAGGGGAGAGGUAUUGCAUUCACAGGUCACAAGGACUGCAAUUGGUCGUGUUGGAAUUUGGACUCCAUCUGAGCGUAAGAUGUCCACAGGAGGACUCAGCCCUGGUGUACUGUGACAGUCACCUGUUUUAAUCAGCUACUCAGAAUUGAACAGCCAUAGUGUCCCUCUUCAGCUCCUGUCAGUGGCAGCACCUGUUUCCAGUCCACAGCAGAUCUUACACUGGCCAGUGUGCAUCAUGGGGCAUUGACCCUUUUGUGUGUCUUUUGUCUUAGAUGUAUUGAUUUCCCAUGUGUAACUUCUGUGUUAAAAGAUCUGAGCCGAGUUUGGGGUGUGGAUUGGUCAAUAGCACUGGUUCAGCAGGAGCAUGUGCUUUUAGUGUAGAAGCUGAGUGCAGUCUGUGCAUUAAAUUCCAGUUACUCACUGUCUUCGGAGAAGCACGUCUGGUACCCCAAGAAGAACCUUCAGCAUACCAGGAGCUUCAUCUCACCGUUAAACGGUUCUCUAGUGAAAUCAAGACUGCCAGACCAUCAGGAGUAAGAGAUGUUACUGUAUCAUAUGAAGAAAAGCAUCCCUACAGAAACUUCAGCAGUACACAGAGAGACAGCUUUCUCAGUCCACUGUGAUUCUCUGCUUCUUACAGAGCUAGAAACAAAAAGUUAUAAAGUUGAAAGGUGGUAAUAUUUUCAGUUAGCACUCCAUGAAGGGGCAAAGGGAUUAUUAGCCACAUUGUGAGGAUGACCUGCUUAUACGAAAUCUUAACAUUUCUGAAAAUAACAUUUUGUGGUGUUUUUAAUUACUUAUAGAACAGCAACCUCAACAUUCUCUUCCCCUACAAACCCAGAAUUUUUAAGACAGAAUCUUCUGUGACCUGGUUUCUUUCAGCACACAGUUGUGGGCUUUAUUAUCUUACCAUUUAAUGCCUUUUCCUUCUGUUAAUGCACUUCUGUGUGUUUACCCCUGAGAAGAGAUAACAAGCAUGUUCAGACUUUAAGAGAAUAAUGUUUUUCAUUUCAUUUUCUUUCCUUUUCCUAGAAAACAACAUUUUAAGCAUCAUAAUUAUGUUAUAUUUAGGGUGCAACAUAAUAUUGAAAUAUUGGCUGAAGAGCAGGGUUUUUUCCUCUAUUUAGAAAUGUUAUUUUUAACAUGCGGGCUUUUCAAAACUUGUCAUUUCCCAAGCUGCAGUCACAUGUGAGAGGAGAAAUGACUUGGAAAUGUACAUAUAACAGUCUGUCCUUACAGCAUUUCUCUCUCUGCAAAGGAGACUCUUUCAGAUGCAUGUGCAAUAAAGAGGAGGAUAUUUUUUUUAUUCAGAUAGUCCUCUCUAAAUUUUUUCUAAAAUGCUGGUGGCCUUUUGGUUUGCAGUCUGAGGUCUUGGUUAUUACCAGUCAGAACUAGUCUCAUCUUGGACAGCUCCUGUUAACUAAGUUUAGGCAGUUAAAUCCCACAUCUCAGAAAGAUCCUGCACAAAUACUGAAUAUUUAGGAGUGUCAGGAGUCUGAUUUUAAACUUAAUGGAUUUAUUUCUUUACUUCACAGUAACUCCAUCCCUUGAGAGCAUGAGAGUUAAGACAGAUGAAUGUGAAGAGAAACUGAAAGUGAUAAUUCAGAGACAGA